AUGUAUUCAUUAUAUAUACUUUCCAAUAUCUUAUAACCGAUGUGGGAAAUAUUGAAAAGAAGAGAACUUUGAGAAAUCUAUUUAGAUCUGCAAAAAGAAAGAAUUUUUAUCCUCAACAGAUAUAAAUGAGGGGACUAUGACUAAAAAAAUCUUUCUUGUAAUGCAUGAGACUUAAUAAGUGUAUUGUUAGCACGUAUAGUAUUUACUUAUUAGGGAGAAACAACACAUAAGGUGUCGUAAAAGCACCUUUCUUAUCUUUUGCUUUAUGGCUGAGCUCAUUUCCAUCAUUAUGAAAUGAGAUACAAAGAUAUUUUUUUAAAUAGCAUUUAGUACGUCAAAAGAGUGAGCUCGAACUGCUUAAACGCAGAAUUUCGAGUUCACUUUUCUUCUGUCCACAUUCUAACAAUCAAGUGCAGUCUACUCUUUGAAAAAACAGUAUUGCACUGAAUCUUUCAUGGUUUUAGAUUAUGGGGUCAUUUUUUGAACAUUUUUAAGUUGUAGUUAAAACUCUAGAACGCUUUUUGGCUAGAACCUAAAAAGGUACGGAAAAAGGUACCAAAAUCUAGAGUCAUAAAAGACUUAGUAUGAUACGUGUUUUUUAGAGAGCAUGCUUUAUAAUUUAUUACGAUUAGACGUCUUUGACUGUAAUCCAAGGUGAAAAGCAUUUUGUAAAUAGCUAAUAGUUAAUAAUGAAUCAAUCAAUACUUCACUAACUAGUAAUCACGCAAUUAGUACUUAACUAAUGAAUACUCAUCUAAUUACGACUCGACUACUUAAUAUUUAUUCCUUGAGAGCCCAACUAAUGACUAGAGUUCUAAUUAGACGAGUACUCGUUGAUUGAGUACUAAUUAGAUGACUAUCAAUUAGAUGAGUACUAAUUGGGUGAGUACUAAUUAAUUAAUUAAUUAUGAAUUAUUCAACAAUUACAUAAUAUCCUCCAACUUACAUCACAAUCAAAGAAAUUUGACUAUUAUAAAUCAUAAAAUACCGACUAGAAAUGAUUGAUAAAACUCGGAUGGGAAAAGCAAGCUCGGAGUUUCGAGUUUACAUGUCAAACCUACUUUUUCAGACCCACUUACUAGUCUCCGAUCAAACUCAAUAAAAGCAAUCAAUUAAUAUAUAGAUCAACUCAUCGUAGUCAAGGAGACUUCACAUUAACACAGAAACAGCAUUCUAGAGGAUUAAAACUGUUAAUAGAACUAUGUUUACGAAGAAAAAACACCGAGUAACGUUAAAACCAAGUGAAUUGAAUAGUUUUAGAUAUGGUUCAACAAGAAUGACCUAUUGUGUAUCAUUAUACAGUGUCGCAAUAUAUACUUAGAACAAUUUACUGAUACGGUACGAGUACUGCAUAGAUAUGAUAUGUUUACGUAGUACCGUAGUCGAACACCGCAUACGGCAUCGAAUUGUAACAUAACACGGUGUGCUUUUUAUGGACAUAAUGUCCAGGCCGAAAAUUACUCUAAUUUAAUCAUAUACAGUCGCUUACAUGCCGAAUGAUUCCACAAAGGGAGGCUUUAGUGAGGCUAUUAUAACUUAAAAGAAUCUACACUCUUUUUGAACAAUUUAUUGACAUACGAAGCUCGCAAAUUUCUUCCUAUCGAAGUUAUCAUUCAUGUUGAGUUUGUUGAGAAGGGAUCUAUGAUAGGCGAACCUAAAAUAUAGUGGUACAUGUUUAUCAAUAAACCUAUAAGCCAUUAUUACACAGUAGUGUUUCAUAUUUUUUAUUAGCAAUACGUUGAACAUACCAGUGAUAGCCGUUUUUAUGGGUGGCCGAGUGCAAGUUAAAAAGUAGCUAACAGACACGCCUCAGUCAUGCGCAGUAAUAAAAAAGAAACGAGUUUAAAGGCACGACGAUAUUGCAGUUACAGGUAUGAAUCUCUGUAAUAUGCUAUGUAUAAGAACAUCUUCAGAUAUUCACCUACCUACAUUCCCAGAUCAAACAAGCACGGUCGUAAACGACCGUAUAGGAAGAAAUACAGCGAUUUACAUGGUCCAGUAUUACGAUCGUAUAUCUCCGUGUCGUAUAUAGAGAUAUACGAAAAAAAACCGAUCGUUUACGAUCCUCGUAUAUGGAGUUCGUAUACAAUCUCCGUUUUGCUACGUAUUUCUCCGUAUAUGAUCAUAUUUCGCCGUAUAUGGUUACAGCGAUAUACGACCGUCGUACUGAAGCAUGUAAAUCGUCAAAAUGCGGUCGUAUACCGUCGUAUCUUGAAUGUAUACGGUCCUGUACAGGAGUAUACGAACUCCGUAUUCAUUGACCUGAAUUCAUAGUCAUAUGUAUCAAUAUUCAAGUAUGCAUGCACUUGUUGUUACAUGUGAGGACAUUCGCGUAUAUUUGUGGAGAACUUAAAUGCUAACAUAUGAGUGCUUGUAAUUUUGCAUGCAAGAAAACAUUUAAAAAGACCUGAAAAUGAAGACUACUUAACACACAUACAUAAAUAUGUAGAAAUAUCCUAUGCGAAUAUUUGUAAGGAUAAGAGACAAACGUCAUCUCUUAUAUUCUAUGUCAAAAAUUGAAAAACUAUGUUUGCAUACACUAUUUUCCUGAAUCGAUAUGCAAAAGCUGAAAAUAUUUUCAAUAACUUCAUUUUAUAUGUAUGAGACAUGAUAAAUGGAAAACUAGGUUACAAGUAAAUGUAAUUCCUCAAAUUUUUCUACAAAUACUUAAAGACUUCACCUUUGACUAGCCGGUCGUUGUCGAAAAGAUAUUUACUUUUGGAUAAACAUGUCUUAAGUCAUAGUAUUAGACUGAUCAUUAUUGUUGGGAGAUGAUAACUUGUAAGCCUUGAAGAAUAUAAUGAAAUAAAAGAAAUAUCUCGAUACAAAAGUACGAAUCAAGAUCUGACCAAUAAAUAUACUCCACGAUUCUUUUGAAUAGACAUAAUAUUUUUGAGAGAUAUAAAAUAUUUGUCUAUUGUUUUAGAUGCAGAGAAACAAGUUAUUAAUAAUGUGUACAAAUCAUCUCUUCUGACUCAGAAAGAUGUCAAAUCUAAAACAGCUGAAUCAAAUAACUCAUUUUGCCGACAAAUAGUAUUUCAUGGACAAGAAAUUUUAUCAUAUUGUACGACAUCAUCAACAAAUUUGAAAGAAAAAGAUAAUCAAACAAUAUUAUGUGUUUCAAUAAAAGAUAUUGUUUCGAUUUAUUUUCCAUGGUCUUCAAUUGAACAAUUUAUUCAAAUAUGUAGAAGAAAACAAAUAACGAGAUUCAAACCUGACAAAUCAACUGGUUGUGAUUCGACACUUCGUUUAGUUAAUAUGCAAGAAUUAGAAAAUCACUGGAAUUUUAUUCUUAAAGAACUUUUACCAGACACGCAAAUAUCUUCCAAUACACACAGUAAUCAAUCGGAAAAGGAUAAAUUAUCUGUUGAAUUUCAAGAGAAUAAUCUUUCAUUGACAAAUAAUUCGAAUGAUAGUUUAUCUUCGAAUAUAAAUAAUCAAGAUUCAACUAAGACUCUUGGAUUAUCUUUCAAAGAAAAUUUAUCUGAGACAAGUUCAGCUGAAGUUGAUAAUUCUAUGGAAAAUAAUAAUGAAAAUCGUCAUCUAUUAAACAAUUCUUAUAUUGAAUCAAAUGAUAACAUAAACAAAUCUUAUCAAUCAAUUGAACAAGAUAAUAAUGAAAAUCAAUUUGAAAUGAAUGUAUUAGAAGAUAAACAAGAAAAACAAACAUUAUCGACAAUCAACAAAAAAGUUUCAAAAGGGAAUCAACAUCGAUCAACUAUUUCUUAUAAUUAUUCAAAACGAAGAAAACAACAAUUAAAAAGAAGUAAUCAUCAUAAUAAAUGUUCAAAACAUCAAUUAUUAAAACAAUAUUCAAACGAUGUUGAUCAACAGUUAUGGAUGAAAAAAUAUUCAAUUGAAUCAUUUUCAAUUAUUAUUGACCGAUAUAAAUUACCU